AUGAGCGCCAUCCGAUCCGCUGCGAGACGUCCCGUCUUCCGCUGUCUCAAUGCCCCGACGCCACUUCGAUAUCGCCCCCAGGCCCGGUAUAACUCGCGCUCUCACAGGUCAGACCUGGAAGCUGUGCUCAAACAGAAUGCCCCUCCCAAAGGCCCCCGCGUAGAUGAGGACUUUGUCUCGAUACACCGCGCAGAGGCCAUUCGCCGGGCUGCUUAUGUGCGCAGGCGUAAUUGGCUGGCGCUCGGUGCAGCUUUGUCCAUGAUUGCUCCCAUCUUCCUUGUGCGCUUGUGGGAUGUGCAACCAGCUGAUGGCGACAAGGACGGAAGCUCAAGUCGAUCCGCAGCAGAUUUAAUACUGGGACCCCCAACCAAAACCGAUGCGCCUAGGAAGGCAUCCGAUGAGUUUCAAGGCAAAAAAGUUGUCGUAGCAGCGGGUGACAAAGUCAUUGCUGCACCCGCCGACGCAGACAACCCCCAAGCAACACAUCCAGACGCCAUUGAGCUUGUCGAAACUGGCACAUCCUAUGUUCCUUACUUUCCCCGUACAAUCCGCCUGCCUACCGAUACUGCGGGCCCCGAACAUGUCGAGAGUGACGCCGAAUAUACAUUGCUGGGUCUGGGUAUCAGAAAGGUCUCAUUCCUGCGCGUCCAAGUCUAUGUCGUUGGACUGUACGUCAAGACAGCUGACCUAUCCACCCUCCAAAACCACCUCAUCAAUACCGUCAACCCAACCGCCUCAGCGCUGAUCCCAGACGAAAAGAAAGCUCUCCAUGACUCCCUUCUCGACGCAGAAAAGAGCAAUGAGAUAUGGGAAGCCAUUCUUGACAGCCGCGGCACAAGCGGCGUCGACAUGGCAUUCCGUGUUGUACCCUGCCGAGGCACAGAUUUCAAGCAUCUCCAAGACGGCUGGAUGCGCGGCAUUGCAUCGCGGACCGACGAGGUGCGUCGCAAGCAGGCUGAUUUGCUCAGGCAGCAGGCUGCCGAGAACAAGACCAUCGCUCUCCCUAAGCCCGUUGAAGAAGGCGAGUUCCAAGACGAGGCGUUUGGCCUUGCUAUGAAGGAGUUUAGGAAUAUAUUCCAGGGCAAGGGUAAGGCACCAAAGGGUAGCGUUAUCAUCUUGACACGGAAGAAGAAUGGGACACUUGGUGCGUUGUAUCAGCCUAUUGUGAAGGUGGAGAAGAAGGAGAAGAUGGGUACACCCAUGUGGCUGGGCAAAGUUGAGGACGAGAGGGUGGGUCGUCUGGUUUGGCUGCUGUAUCUUGGGGGUCAGAAUGUUAGCUCUGAGGAUGCGAGGAAGAGUAUUGUGGAUGGGUGUUUGGAUAUUGUUGAGCGGCCGGUUGGGACACUUGAGACUAUGGUGCAUUAG